AUGGCUGAUUUUCAACAAAAACUGGAAGCACUUAAGGGUCUUGUUGGUGUGCUAAACAGCAUGGAGGAUGAAGGUGAAACUGAACCUCAAAACGCUUCACCUUCAACACCACACAAUCACAAUCCUGCUUCUCAGCCUGGAAGGAAUCAUCGUCGCUCAUCUGGAAAAUAUAACAACAGUGGGAAACAGAACAUAAAAGGUCUGAGUAAUCAAACUGGUUUCACUGAAGGCAAUGCUAAUGGAGCUAUCAACUUUGGUGAUUUACAUAUGUAA